CGACCUCGGCUGCCCAAUGAACACGCGCAGACGUGGUGCUGGGGUCGUGGAGGCUGGGCGCGCUGUCGCAUUGUGGCUCAGCUCUCUCGCUGCUUGCCCCUGCCGCUGCUUCUGCCUCUCGUCCCCCCUCUUCAGCCUCUCGCGCUGAGAGUCCCGUGCGGGCGCUCUUCUCUCUCGCCUCUCGCUCGCUCUUUUCACAAGGCACACAGCGAGAGCGAGAGACACGCACGCGCGCGCGCACGCAGAGAGAUCGAGAGUACGAGAGAGAGAGUUAAAGAAGGGGGUUGUUGCAUCUGUGGCUGCUGAGCGGAACGGCUGUGGUGGGCGGCGGGGGGGGUGGUGCCGAGACGGAGUCGAUUCGUGAAGGGAAAUGCGGCAGCGGUGAGUCAGCCGGCUGCUCGCCUAACCACAUACCCACACCUACCGACCAUCCGACCCAGCCGCCUACCAACCAACGCACCUAACCUCCUGCAUCCACCGACCCACCCAGCUACCUACCUACCGACCAACUCAACCCAUCUUCCGGCAGAUACAACAUUCAACAACAACAGCCACUCACAACAACCUCCACCACCAGCAGCAACAACAGUCGCACCCCCGCCCGCCGCCACCCCGUGGCGCGGUGGCUCCAGAGAUGCAUGGCAGGGUGCACUGCGCCUGGCACGCGGCUCGCCUCAUCGUCGCGUGAAGGAGGACUCCCCAUCACCAGCAUCACCACCGCCGCCUCUUCCUCCUCCUCAUCGGCCGAGGAGAUCGAGGCGGAGGCCUCGUUGGCCGUGGCGAGAAGAAACACGGCGAAGAAGACGAGGACAUGGGUGAUAUGGGAGACAACUCCAAAAAAGCGGCUGGCGUCCGUGUGCGUUGGCUGCGGCGCCCAGAUCCGCGACCCCUUCAUCCUGCGCGUGUCCCCCGACCUCGAGUGGCACGCAUCGUGCCUCAAGUGCGCCGAGUGCGCGCAGUACCUGGACGAGACGUGCACAUGCUUCGUGCGGGACGGCAAGACCUACUGCAAGCGCGACUACGUCAGGCUGUUCGGCAUCAAGUGCGCUAAGUGUGGCGUGGGCUUCAGCAAGACGGACUUCGUGAUGAGGGUGCGAACCCAGGUGUUCCACCUCGAGUGCUUCCGCUGCGUGGCGUGCAGCCGACAGCUCAUCCCGGGGGACGAGUUUGCUCUGCGGGAGGACGGCCUCUUCUGCCGCGCCGACCACGAGCUCCUGGAGAGGGCCGGCACCGCCGACGGCAUGGGCAGCCCGGGACAGGGGGGCGGCCGGCCCCUUCAGCUCGCCGCCGAGCCCAUGUCUGCGGCGGGGCGCCACCACCCGCUGCGCCCGCACGUGCACAAGCAGGCGGAGAAGACGACGCGCGUGCGCACGGUGCUCAACGAGAAGCAGCUGCACACGCUGCGCACCUGCUACGCGGCCAACCCGCGCCCCGACGCGCUCAUGAAGGAGCAGCUCGUGGAGAUGACGGGCCUGAGCCCCCGCGUCAUCCGCGUCUGGUUCCAGAACAAGCGCUGCAAGGACAAGAAGCGGAGCAUCCUCAUGAAGCAGAUCCAGCAGCAGGGCGGAGACAAAACGAACCUGCAGGGCCUGACGGGGACGCCGCUGGUGGCCGGGAGCCCCGUGCGGCAAGACGGGCCGGGACUUCCGGUGGGCGCUGUCGACGUGCAGACGUUCCACCAGCCGCCCUGGAAGGCUCUCAGCGACUUUGCGCUCAGCAGCGAGCUCGACCAGGGGCCCUUCCAGCAGCUGCAGGUGAACUUCUCGGAGGGACGGCCGGGUUCCAACUCGACGGGCAGUGAGAUCACCUCGCUGUCGCAGCUGCCCGACACUCCCACCAGCAUCGGCUCCAGCCCCAUCGAGGCCUGAGCAGCAGCAGCAGCAGCGGCAGUGCGGCAGAGCAGCGCCCCCGGCCUGGAGCGGACGUGUGGCAGUCGGCUGGCCGGGCCGAUGGGGCCGGCCUGUUGGUUGAUGGGUCGUUUGGACAGUCGGUCGGUCCGUCAGCCGUUUUCGCUGGUCGCCUGGUCGGUCACUCGGCGGUUAGACGGCCGGUCGGUCGGAUGAUCGGUUGCCCUGCUGGUCGAUGGGGGGGGAGGGGGGGGUGGU